ACUUCAUUGAGCUCAAUGUAAAGAGGACCAACCUCUGCCGUCAUAAAAGCCCAAAAUACUCCGUUGUAAAAGCCCUCGUAAGAAAACACCUUCUUCUCCAACGAGAAAAGCAAAGUUCAAACCCCAAGAAAAUAUCCCUGUCUUUCUCUCCCACACGCUCGCAUUCUCAGUUUUUCCUCUCUGCGUCUUCAAGCAAUAAACCAUGGGUGAUAGCCAGUACUCCUUUUCUCUCACUACUUUCAGUCCUACCGGAAAGCUAGUACAGAUUGAGCACGCAUUGACUGCCGUUGGAUCAGGCCAAACUUCUCUCGGAAUCAAAGCGGCAAACGGUGUUGUUAUUGCAACUGAGAAGAAAUUGCCAUCUAUUUUAGUCGAUGAGUCUUCUGUUCAGAAAAUACAGAAUCUGACACCCAAUAUUGGAGUUGUCUACAGUGGAAUGGGUCCUGACUUUCGAGUUUUGGUUCGGAAAAGUAGGAAGCAAGCAGAGCAAUAUCAUAGACUGUACAAGGAACCAAUUCCUGUCACACAACUUGUGAGGGAAACUGCUGCUGUCAUGCAAGAGUUUACUCAAUCUGGAGGUGUAAGGCCUUUUGGAGUAUCUUUGCUAGUUGCUGGUUUUGAUGACAAAGGUCCACAGCUGUACCAGGUUGAUCCAUCAGGUUCCUACUUCUCAUGGAAAGCCUCAGCAAUGGGGAAAAAUGUUUCAAAUGCAAAAACAUUUCUUGAGAAGAGAUACACUGAUGAUAUGGAGCUUGAUGAUGCUGUACACACCGCUAUCUUGACACUAAAAGAGGGAUUUGAAGGGCAGAUUUCUGGGAAAAACAUUGAAAUUGGGAUAAUUGGUGCUGACAAGCAAUUCAGGGUACUAACUCCAGCCGAAAUUGAUGAUUAUUUGGCUGAAGUGGAAUAGACAUUGUAUUUUUUGGCUAAAGUGGAGUUCUUCCCAGUAUUGACACCAAUAGAGAUACUUGUGUUACUUUCCUCUGGAAUUUGCUUGAAUCAGUUGCUUUUAGCCGAAGUUUCCAUUAAUUCCAUGUUCGUAGAACUGUGAUGUGGAAAUGUUAUAAGACUUCUCUCCAAUCUUAGAUGGCUUCUAAGGUUUUGCAUCAAUAUGAUUUCCUAUAUGAUACGUUUGACAGAGUGCAGAAAAUUGGUCUCUUCAAUUA